UCCCACUGCACACUUGAUCCCAGGUUUGUGAGGGACCCUCGAGCGAAGUACGAUCAGUCCCUACAGGUUCUGUCCCAUGUGAAGAAGACUGUACCUGACAUGGUGACUAAGUCCUCCAUCAUGCUGGGACUGGGGGAGUCUGACCAGGAGGUUAGGACAGCCAUGGAAGAUCUACGAAGUGUAGGGGUGGAUUGUCUCACCCUCGGCCAGUACAUGCAGCCCACCAAGAGACACCUCAAGGUCCAGGAAUAUGUGACUCCUGCCAAGUUCAAACACUGGGAGGAUGUUGGGGGUGAGAUGGGGUUUGCCUAUACAGCAAGUGGACCCCUCGUCAGGUCUUCUUACAGGGCAGGUGAGCAAGGAGCUACUCUUAAUGCAUCUUACUUAGACUUAG